AUGGUAUCAACUCUGAAUUUCAUCGCGGUCCUCUGUUUGGCCAGUGGACUGUGGAUUGGAGCAAAUGCGGAGUAUGAAGAUCAGUGCUGCGACGAAUGUAAGCGCUGCCCCUCAGGUUGGACUGAGUUUGACGGUCACUGUUACAUGUACCAGCAUGCCUCAAAGGACUGGGCUGAUGCAGAGCUUGCCUGCGUUGCCAAAGGUGGGAAUCUGGCAUCAGUCCAAAGGCCAAACCAUCACGAAUUUGUCAGAAGCCUAAUCCACGCAGCGACAAACAGAAAUGACCAAACUUGGGUUGGAGGCUUUGACACAACAAAGGAGGGUGCCUGGAUGUGGAGUGAUGGUAGCUUUUUUACCUCAAAGAAUUUGUGGGGUCCACAUCAGCCCGACAACGCUGGCAGAAAAGAACAUUGCAUGGAGGUGAACUUCCACGGCAAACCCAAUGAUGUUCCUUGCAACCUAAAAAGACCUUUUGUCUGUGGCAAGGCCCUGUGA